AGCCGCCGGCCCCGCCAUGGGCUCGCUGGUGCGCUGCGUGGUGCGGAGCCUGCUGCGGGGGCAGCCGGGGCCCCGCCGCUUCGGCUCCGCGCCCCCGGAGCUGCGGGAGCAGACGCUGGUGCUUGUGAAGCCGGACGCGGUGCAGCGGCGGCUGGUGGGGAGCGUCAUCCAGCGCUUCGAGCGCCGCGGCUUCAAGCUGGUGGCCAUGAAGCUGCUGCAGGCCGACCAGGGGCUGCUGGACCAGCACUACCAGCAGCUGCGCCAGAAGCCCUUCUACCCCCAGCUCCUGGCGUACAUGACCUCGGGGCCGCUGGUGGCCAUGGUGUGGGAGGGCUACAACGUGGUGAGGUCCACGCGGGCCAUGGUGGGGGACACCAACUCCGCGGCGGCGGCAGCGGGCACCAUCCGCGGCGACUUCAGCAUGCACGUCAGCAGGAACGUGGUCCAUGCCAGUGACUCGCUGGAGACAGCCCAGCGUGAGAUCGGCUUCUGGUUCCAGCGGGACGAGCUGGUGACGUGGGAGAGCGGAGACAGCGCCUACACCUACGGACCCUGAGCGGGGCCACAGCCCCAGCCCCACAACACACAGCCCCACAACACACAGCCCCACAACACACACACAGCCCCACAACACACAGCCCCACAACACACAGCCCCAGCCCCACAACACACACACAGCCCCACAACACACAGCCCCAGCCCCACAACACACACACAGCCCCACAACACACAGCCCCAGCCCCACAACACACACACAACCCCACAAUGAACACACAGCCCCACAACACACACACAGCCCCAGCCCCACAAUGAACACACAGCCCCACAACACACAGCCCCAGCCCCACAGCCCCCAGCCCCACAACACAGCCCCAGCCCCACAAUAAACACACAGCCCUGCCUCUGCACCCCUCCAGCAGCUGCCA